AACGCUCACCCAGCCACAGUCGCACGCAGCGAGGCGCGCACUGCACUGGGCUCUCCCGGCGCCGCCGCCCCAGCGGACCCGCCAGCCCGCGUCCCGGCGGUGCGUCCCCGGUGCUCGUCCACCGACCCAACCGACAAGCAGCCCGAACCCGCCCCGACCCUGCCAGCCCUCCGGACCCUGGCCGCCCCGAGUGGAGACCGGAGGCGAGCGCUGGAAGCCGACAAAAUGAUGCUUCAACACCCAGGCCAGGUCUCUGCCUCGGAAGUCAGUGCCUCUGCCAUCGUCCCCUGCCUGUCCCCUCCUGGGUCACUGGUGUUUGAGGAUUUUGCUAACCUGACACCCUUUGUCAAGGAAGAGCUGAGGUUUGCCAUCCAGAACAAGCACCUCUGCCACCGGAUGUCCUCGGCCCUGGAGUCAGUCACUGUCAGCAGCAGACCUCUCGAGAUGUCAGUCACGAAAGCCCAGGUAGCCCCUGAAGAAGAUGAAAGGAAAAAGAGGCGACGGGAAAGAAAUAAGAUCGCAGCUGCCAAGUGCCGAAACAAGAAGAAAGAGAAGACAGAGUGCCUGCAGAAAGAGUCAGAGAAGCUGGAGAGUGUGAAUGCAGAACUGAAGGCCCAAAUUGAAGAACUCAAGAAUGAGAAGCAGCAUUUGAUAUACAUGCUCAACCUUCAUCGGCCCACGUGUAUUGUCCGAGCUCAGAACGGGCGGACUCCAGAAGAUGAAAGAAAUCUUUUUAUCCAACAGAUAAAAGAAGGAACAUUGCAGAGCUAAGCAGCCGUGGUUAUGGGGACAACUGGGGAGUCCUCAUCAAAUCCUCCUUCUACAUCCAAAACCCUGCAGCCAUUGGAGAUCUGACUCCCUGUGCACCUCUCAAAUCCCAGCAGCAAAGACCCCUGGAAGCGGGAGGGCUCAGUGGCCCAGCUGGGCCUCUCCAUUCUGCCCUGAGUGGACUUCGGACCAGAGCAAGGGCAUCUUUUGCCUCAACUCCAGGAUCUAGGCCUUAACAUACCAGCCAUUCUUGGAUUCUCCAGAUGGCCCCACGUUAGGGCCCUGCCUGCCUUUCGUAUGGAUUCUACAAAAACCAGGACGCCCACCAUUAAGAGUCAUGCAGAACAAGUAUCUGUUCCUUGGGUGGGUGGGGUAGGGCCACCUCCUCCGCUGCCACUGUCAUGGUCACUUUAAGGGAAGUGGAGUGAGAAUGGCUUUUAGCAAAGUUGUGCAAUGGCCACGGUUGUGCUUCUAGCAAAUACGCUGUUAUUUACAGGAAUUACUGUGUGCAAGGUGUUUGUUUCAUAACUAGGCGUUGUGCUCUCCCGAUGUUUGUUCCUACAACACUGGUGUGACUUUUUCGUGACUUCCCUCAGAUCUCAUUUCUGAGAGUUUGGGGGGGAUAUCACCAGGCGUAGUGUCUUACAAAAUGUUCAGGUGUCCAGAAGAGCAUGUCAGCUCCAGGAGAGCAGAAUUCGGCUGGCCGGCGGUACAGUCUUGUGCCAACGGAGAAGCCCUCCUUUCCUUGGCACCCAGGCAUGAACGUAAAAUUCAUGUGCACGGCUGCAGGUCCUCUGUUGCAAACUCAGUCACAAUGUCGCAGGAGGAAAGCAGUUAGUCCACCGUCCACAGAGUUAGGACUCUUGCUCAGUGACAGGUCAGGAGUUAUUUCUAGGCGGGAAGAGCCAAAGAAUAUUCCAUUUUCCUUUUCUUGCAGUUGAAAACCACAUUCAGUGGAGACUUGUUUGAAGCUAGGUGAUGCCUAGGCUUUCACAUGAUUGGAUGUUAAUGGCAUUGUUUUUGUCAUGCAGAUGUUUGUAGAAAUCUGGCCCAGAGCAUUGACAGAUGUGAGAGGUCAUUCACACUGGCCACAAGGACUCUGGUUACUGUCUGUUUAAAUUCUGACAUUUCUGUGAAAUCCUCAGAGUGUUUAAUCUUACGCAAUAGUAUCAUUACAAUUUUCUGUAAGAGAAAAUAUGACUUAUUUAUCCCAGUAUUGCUAACCUGUCAAUAUAAUAAAUAUUGGAACCAAGAUAUGGUAAACUUAA